AUUCAUUGACUAUAUAGAUUUAAAAGAUAUAUCAAAUUGCCACUAAUGAUUAAUAACAUUUAAUAAAGUGUCAGUAGCUGUAGACAGCGCAUUUUUUAUACAUAAAAAAUGUUUCUAAAAUUAGUAUGGAUAACAAGUAUCUUAUUAAGUGUUCAAAAUCUCUCAAAUGGACAGCUUACAGACAAAUAUCGGUGUGUUAUUGAACAUGAAAAAGGAGAAAAAAUUCAAGAUUUUCUUUCUAUAUACGCAAGACGUCUGCAAAAUAUAGUGAUAGAACAUCAUAAUAUUCCAAUUAUAUGGCCUGGGGAUUUAGCCGAUCUAGAAUGCAACUCAGUAGCAUUAAAGCACAACAAAAUAGAAGCCGUUAGUGUAAACGCUUUCAAUUCAUCCAUGAUUGAAACAUUAGAUUUGUCCAACAAUAUAAUAAAAUGUUUAUUUGGAGACCAACUAUCUAUAGAAAAUUUGUUGCACUUAUCCUUACAAAACAAUAGGCUGGUGUACAUAGAAAACAAUGCCGUACCAUCUACUGUAACGACUUUAAAUUUAAGGUUUAAUAAACUUUCGGCGUUCGAGGUUCCGAGCAAUGUUGAAGAACUUAUUUUGUCGCAUAAUCAGUUAAUAACACUGGAUUUAAGUAAAUCAUUGCGAUUAAAACAAUUACAUUUGGACCAUAAUGAACUAAGGCAUUAUGACUUUUCCGGAUUAACACAAUUGACUAUCUUAAACUUAAGUUUUAAUAGUUUGCAAUAUUUAAACAGAGAUAAGUUUUUAAAUAUGUACGAACUGUUCGAAUUAGACUUAUCGAAUAAUUAUUUGAAAGACAUAGAUAUGUUAGAGGACACGUUUCCAAAAUUAGCAGUUCUUAGAGUAAAUGACAAUUUAAUCAAUCGAUUUGAAGAUAUUUUACAAACUGUAGAUACUCUUUUGGAGCCAGAUGUUUCUGGAAAUAUUGUAGAAUAUUUUAAUUUCAGUAAUCUAGGCAAAGUUUGGAGAUUAAAAAUGAACAAUAUGAAGCUAACUAGUCUUGAUCCUGAAAGCUUUUUAAAUAUGAAUACAUUAUACGAGAUUGAAUUAUCCAACAAUUCAUUAUCAACUUUUAAUUCAAAUUUAAAUAUUCCGACAAUUUGGAGAAUGGAUCUCAGUCACAAUGAUAUUAAAAGAAUUGACAACAACUUUGGAAACUUUAAAGCAUUAGGUAGUUUAGAUUUGUCUUACAAUAGUAUAAGUUAUUUUAACGUUGCUUCAAACAAUUUAGAUAAGAUAUGGAAAAUCAAAUUAAACAACAAUAAACUUAGUAGAAUAAUAGACCACAAUGUGCCAAAUUUGAAUUAUUUAUUGAUGUUAGAUCUAGCAUUUAACAAUUUGAAAACGUUUACGAUCUCACCCAAUAAACUAAAAAGAUUAAGAUUGUUGGAUUUAUCCGCUAAUAGUAUUUCUGCGUACGAUGAAAAACUUGUAACUAAUUUGCAAGGGUUGAGAUUCUACAACUUAAGGAAUAACUUUAUUAGUGAAUUUCCCCCGAGUGCUUUCUAUUCACAAAAUAAGCUUUAUUAUCUUGACGUAUCCUUUAAUGUGAUUACUUCUAUGAAAUAUAGUGACAGAGACAAUGCAAGAACUAACUUACGGACUUUCAAUAUUUUUGGCAAUCCUUUAAAUUGUUUACAUCAACGACAAAUUGAAGCUUUCUGUCUACGAAAUAAUAUUUUGCUAAAUACUUGUGAUGUUGCUAAUGGAGAAUCCCCAAUAUGUGUGGAUUAUAAGUGUGACUGUGACUUUAUUUAUAAUGAAUUAACGGAACACUUUCUUAAAUUUAUUGAUAAACCUAAUAUAGGCAAUUGUAGUUUUUCUGUUUUAGCACAUAAUGGAGCAUAAUAAAACUUAUUUAUUU